CAUGUGCUGAAGUACCUCAAGAAACACCAGAGAGGAGAAGUAAAGGCGCUUCUGUGCACUUCAGUGGAGGAUUAUACUCCGUCCGACGUGAAUCUCGAGGACUUUUUUCAGAAUGGAAAGUAUGAAAGCGAGGCAGCCAGGAAGUCGGACUUACCACAGUGGGUACUUGAUGCUUUGGUAAAAGGUAAGCUGGCCCCGUUCAUCAGCGAUGCUCUGGUACUAAGAAGUACCUUCCUUCAUGUCCAGGUGGAGAACAUGCAGAGACCUAGCGCGCACAGCACAGCUUUGCCCAUUCGACAGAUUAUCUAUGGACUGCUUCUGAAAGUAUCUCAAAACACUGAAACUGCUUCUUCGAGUAAACAGAGCAAUGAGCUGCCGGUUGUAUGUGAAUUUGACAGACUCCAGAAGACACUUAAAAAAACAUUUGUUCAAGCAGCAAGUCCACCCACAGAUUUUUAUGACGAUCAUUUCUCUUUGGACAAGUUAAUGGAGGUGCCCGAGUCAUGCCGUCAAACGCUUUUGCUGGACACUCUAGGAGUGAAUAUGAGUUUCCUAGAAUCCAUCCCCAGUCACUUACAACUCCCUGUUGCUGUCACCUGUUACUGGAUACGUUGUUCAGAACCAAAAGUUACACUGCAUCAAUUAAAGGCUUUACUCCUAAUGAUGGUGUCUGGAGAAUUGCACAGGAUAACAGGUGAUCCAGGCUUUACAGUGGGACCCUUGUGCAGAGGCUGUAUCAAGAGCUUAAAUCAACGCCUUCAGUGGAAAAUCUCUUCAGUUUGUCUCCAAAAAUGA